AUGCCCGAAAGGGGCGAGAACGAUUUAGUAUACGAGGCAGAUGAAACAGGUCAACGGGUACUCGUGAGGUCAACGGAGUCUAUUCAGCGCGCCUAUCUCCGGUUCACUAACAGGACUUCCCGACCGAUUGACGUAUGGUGGCGGGACUUUGAUGGGGCGAAGCGCCACUACACCCGAAUGAGACCGGGCACUUGUUUCGAUGUAGACACGUUUAUAACUCAUCCAUGGGAGUUCACCGAUGUCACGACUAAAGAGAGCAGCUGU